UGACGUCAGCUGUUUUGUUUUUCGUGGCGCGAGGAGCCUUCACGAGCCACUUCCUGUCUGAACACUAACGUUAACGUCACGUUGAGCGAUUUAACGUCUUUAAGUGAAAUACCUGAGUUCAGGUGUUAUUGAACAGUCGAGUAACCGCCGUGAAGAUGGAGAGUUCGUUGGUGAAAGACAACCCGCUGCUUUUACCGCUCAACCAGGACAAAACUGUCUAUGACGGGUUCAUCACUGUGCAGGAACGAGACUUCAGGAUGAGAAUACUGCUGCCACCGGAUCGCCAACUGGCACGGGCCAGGCUGCACUGCUGCUGGCAGUUAAAGCACCUGUUGCGUGGCUACGAGCACAUAGUGAAGCAGAGGCUGCAGCAGUCGGCUGAUCUCGUCAGCUUCAUUCUGGAGCUGAAGACCGUCUUGGAAGUGGGUCUGAAGAGCCGCCCUGACUGCCGCUCCAUCCCGCCUCCACAGUAUUACUCGCAGCUCAUCUCUGAGAUGGAGACCCUCGGGUGGGCCAAGCUGCUCUCCAUCGACACCGAGUUCCAAACGCUGAGACUGAAGGCGGAGGACUCCUCUGGAAGGCAGCACGUCCUUACUGUUAAACUCAAGUCUAAGCACCCUGCAGAGGCCCCCGAAUGCUCAGCUGACCUGCCGAUCCCGCUGGUCAUAACCUGGACACCACAGAGCACUCUGGACCAGCUCCACAGCCAGUUCCUGCUGCUGCUGGAGUCCCUGACAGAGUUCUGGGACGUCCUGGACGAGAUCGACAGCAAGACCUGGAUUCUGGAGCCGGAAAAACCCAGCCGCUCCGACACCACGAGGCGUAUCGCCAUCGGGAACAACGUGUCCAUCAAAGUGCAGGUGGAUCCCAGACACCCCAAGAUGCUGCCAGAGUGCUGCCUGCUGGGAGCCGAGCACGUGGUGACUCCGCUGAGGAAUAAACUGAACGCCAACAUGCAGCUGUGGAACCCGGACUCCAGCGUCUUGCACAACCUCCGGGAUGUUUUGGAGAUCGAAUUCCCGUCACCUGCCACCCACGAAAAAUCUAGUUUCAGCGUGGAGUGUGGGAUCUGUUACUCCUACCGUCUUGAAGCUGCGAUCCCUGAUCAGGUGUGUAACGACCCUCGCUGUGGACAACCCUUCCACCAGGCCUGUCUGUAUGAGUGGCUGCGGGCGCUCCCCUCCAGCAGGCAGAGCUUCAGCAUUGUGUUUGGAGAGUGUCCUUACUGCAGCAAGGUACGUGUGCACCUCGCACUGACUGACCGCCGCCAAUAAAGCAACUGUAAUAAUCCAUUCUCCUUCUGUUCCAGCCCAUCACGGUGAAAAUGGCGGCCCAGAAGUCCUGAGAAGUGGCUCCGCCUCCAAAUCAGGGAACAAACAGACUGGUUUUUAUGUUUUCCUCAGUGAUUUAAAUUGGCUCCAAAAGCGGUGCCCAAGACGAAGAAGACGCCCGCGCAGACGAACCAGCUCAACAGUCCGUUCUUCUGCGUGGGGCCAGCUUCCUGUUCUGGACUCCGCCCACUGGAGCUGCUCUCGUACGACUGGCGGCGACUGUAGAGGAGCGGCCUCUCAUCCCAUCUUCCCCUGAACUCCGGGUGCACUUGGUCGCAGUCUGGUUUUCUCCUCUGCGGGCGGACUUCCUGUCUCUCUGAGGUCACCGUGAAGUUGUUUGACUUCCUGGCGUUCCUCGUGGGUUCACCUUUCUGUUGAAGAGGGCGAUUCACGUGCUGGCUCUUUUAUGUGAAUAAACUGAAUAUUGUGAGA